GGCAAGAGCCGACGCGAGGGGAGGGGAGCGCAGCGGCGGGGCGAGCGGGCGGGCGGGCGGGCAGGCGGCAGCAGCAUGCCCCUCGGCCAGCGCGGGCUGCGUCUCAGCGCGGCGGGGGCUGCUCCGGGCGCGCCCCGGGGGCAGUGCGCCCAGUCUCCGGCCCCAGCCCCUCGGAGCGCCCGCCUUCCCGGCCGCCCCUGAGCUCAGCGGAGGCGGGUCCCCAGAUCGGCUAAGAGCAGCUGCGGCUCUUUUCCAGACGGAUUCCUUGCCUUUCCCGGGGCACGGGGCCAUGAGCCCCGCGGCCACCUGAGGCACAGGAGCCGCUGCUCGGCGAGGACCGCGCCCCCAAAGUCCAGUGCCCUCGUCUCUGCACUGCGGGACGCCCGCGCCCAACCCUGGUGGAGGCGUCCUCGGAAGAGCAGCGGGGAGAGGGCAUGGAACCCGCGGCACCGGCGGGCCAGGCCCGGGCAGCGGCCACAAAGCUGUCGGAGGCAGUGGGCGCGGCGUUGCAGGAGCCCCGGCGGCAGCGGCGCCUGGUGCUGGUCAUCGUGUGCGUGGCACUGUUACUGGACAAUAUGCUGUACAUGGUCAUCGUGCCCAUCGUGCCCGACUACAUCGCCCACAUGCGCGGGGGCAGCAAUAGCCCCAGCUCGACCCCCGAGGUGUGGGAGCCCACCUUGCCGCUGCCCACUCCAGCUAAUGCCAGCGCCUACACGGCCAACAGCUCGGCGCCCCCGACGGCUGCGUGGCCUGCCGGAUCCGGCCUGCGGCCCCGAUACCCCACGGAGAGCGAAGACGUGAAGAUCGGGGUGCUGUUUGCUUCCAAGGCCAUCCUGCAGCUGCUGGUGAACCCCCUGAGCGGGCCCUUCAUCGACCGCAUGAGCUAUGAUGUGCCGCUGCUCAUUGGCCUGGGCGUCAUGUUCGCCUCCACUGUCAUGUUCGCCUUCGCGGAGGACUACGCCACGCUGUUCGCUGCGCGCAGCCUGCAGGGCCUGGGCUCGGCCUUCGCCGACACGUCCGGCAUAGCCAUGAUUGCCGACAAGUAUCCGGAGGAGCCAGAGCGCAGUCGAGCGCUGGGUGUGGCGCUGGCCUUCAUCAGCUUCGGAAGCCUGGUGGCGCCGCCCUUUGGGGGCAUCCUCUAUGAGUUCGCCGGCAAGCGCGUGCCCUUCCUGGUGCUCGCCGCGGUGUCGCUCUGCGACGCGCUGUUGCUGCUGGCGGUGGCCAAGCCCUUCUCAGCCGCUGCACGGGCUCGGGCCAACCUGCCGGUGGGCACGCCCAUCCACCGCCUCAUGCUAGACCCCUACAUUGCCGUGGUAGCCGGUGCGCUCACCACCUGCAACAUUCCCCUCGCCUUCCUGGAGCCCACCAUCGCCACGUGGAUGAAGCACACGAUGGCAGCGUCGGAGUGGGAGAUGGGCAUGGCCUGGCUGCCGGCUUUCGUGCCGCACGUGCUAGGCGUCUACCUCACAGUGCGCCUGGCGGCGCGCUACCCGCACCUGCAGUGGCUGUACGGGGCGCUGGGGCUGGCUGUGAUCGGUGCCAGCUCAUGCAUUGUGCCCGCCUGCCGCUCCUUCGCGCCCUUAGUGGUCUCGCUCUGCGGCCUCUGCUUCGGCAUAGCGCUGGUCGACACAGCGCUGCUGCCCACGCUCGCUUUCCUAGUCGACGUGCGCCACGUCUCAGUCUACGGCAGCGUCUACGCCAUCGCCGACAUCUCCUAUUCAGUGGCCUACGCUCUCGGGCCCAUAGUGGCGGGCCACAUCGUGCACUCGCUCGGCUUUGAGCAGCUCAGCCUGGGCAUGGGCUUGGCCAACCUGCUCUAUGCGCCCGUUCUACUGCUGCUGCGCAACGUGGGCCUCCUGACGCGCUCCCGCUCAGAGCGCGACGUGCUGCUGGACGAGCCGCCGCAGGGUCUGUACGAUGCGAUGCGCCUGCGUGAGCGUCCAGUGCCUGACCCGGACCGCGAGCCUUGCAGCCCUCCUGGCCCUUCUGACGAGUGCGAGGAAGACUACCACUACUACCAUACCCGCAGCUAGCAGCCUGGCUCCUCCUCCAGGCCGCCCGCCCCACCCCCUUGGGUCAAAGUGGCUGCUGCUCUGCCAGCUCAGACUCAGGCCCGCCUCCUCUAGCGCGUACCCCAGCCCCCCUCCCCCUCGCCAGCAUUGACUUCUCCUGCCCGAAUCCCACCCCACCGCCCAUAGCCCAUUCCGUGUCCCUCUCCCUUUUGUCCAGUGGGGUAUGGAGCGCCGAGGCAAGCGAAGCGAUGCGCUCCUUGUAGAGAGGAAGAGGCGCGCGCCCCCCUCCCUCGGGGCUCCUCUGUGUAGAGCCAAGCGUCUGUCUUUCCUUCCGUUCCUCCCAGUGCCAAACCGACCGCUGCACCGCGGUGCCUCUAGCUGGAAUCAAUAAACCAUGUCUGUCCCAGGA